CAAGUAACCAAAGUUCUACUUCCGGCGGAAAAAAAGUCGGGACAUGAUGUUUUGAAACAAAGUUACUAAGGCAAGCUGUCAACAUGGGAGAUACUGGUAACCAAGGCGCUAGCACUAGUGCCUUCCCCAAUCCUCCCAACUACUACAAACAGUACACUGAUGAAAAUGUGCGACGAGGCCUGGCACCACCACCACCUCCAGCUCUACAGGAUUCCUACACUAUGUUUGGUGCCCAGUACACAUCGGAGGACGCUAUCAUCAGACCACUAGAGUCACUAGGAUUCCGACGACUUCAUCCACAGAACUACGACCAUAAACGAGAGCUGAAAAAGCUUAACCAUUCCAUUGUGGUGAACUUUCUGGAUCUCAUAGACAUAUUGAUAAAGGCUCCAAACUCUCCAAAAAGGACAGAAAAGUUGGAGGAUUUAAAUCUCUUGUUCAUUCACAUGCAUCAUCUCAUCAACGAGUAUCGUCCCCAUCAAGCUAGAGAGACCCUACGCGUAAUGAUGGAACACCAGAAAAAUCAGCGCCAAGAGAUCGGAGAACGUUUCAAAAAGCAUUUAGACAAAGUGAAGGAGCUGAUACAGACUAGCAUUACUCACCUGUCUGACGAUUACAGUUUUGACUCCAAGUCUCUGGUCAAGACGGAACUUCUUCAGGCUGGUCACUCUCUGGGUGAUUACAAUAUGGAGGUAGAGCCAUGUGACCAGCUGGAUCGUAUGAUGUGCGACAUUGUGGACAGCAUGAAUUGAUCUGUAAAAUUGUGUAUUGUAUAUCUGUUGUGUCGGAUAUCAUGAUCAUAGCCAGUUACUGAGCUAACAGUAUUUUCAUCAGAUCAUAAUCACCAUCCAUUCAAAGUCAUUACAAUCAAAUCCGGUCAUGGAUCGAAAGAAACUUCAUCAUACUGGUAUCCCAAAAUGUGUAUUUUGGAUUCUGAUGUUUGUGAAAGUGUUGAUUCCAAACAUGUGAUAUAGACUUUGUACAGUAUAGAGAGUUGUACCCAAGUCAAAGGGUGUUCAGAAGCAGGUAUUUUAGAAAUAUCAACUUUGAUUAUUAAAUUCACCAUGUACAUCAGUAAAUAUUUCAGUCUGAUAUCUUUUAUGUAUCUGGUACUGUUAAACACUAGCUAGGGUUGGAGUUCUUAAAUGUACUAGUUUAUACUGGAGUGAAUCUUUGCUAAACAUGGAAAUAGUCUGAGAUUUUUGAUGUACAUGUACCAGUAAAUACUGUAGCUAGAGAUCUAAUACAUGUGUAUAUAUACUGUACCAGUAAGGAAACACUUGAAUCUGGUACCGUUUUUAUCACUGCAACAUUGCAACCAACAGUGUUUGAAUCGCUUUGUUCUAGAUAAUGCGGGUUUGAAUCGCUUUGUUCUAGAUAAUGUGGGUUUGAAUCGCUUGGUUCUAGAUAAUGUGGGUUUGAAUCGCUUUGUUCUAGAUAAUGUGGGUUUGAAUCGCUUUGUUCUAGAUAAUGUGGGUUUCAUAAAAUGUAUACUUAUGGUUGGAUUUCCUGGUAACAAAAUUCAUUGUUGUAUUUUGGAUAGUAAGUGCAAGAUAAUAUUGAAAUAUUGAUAUACCCUUAAAUUUUGAAUCAUCA